GUCUCUUAUCCUAUUCUAACACUGCACAAUAUUCCUUCAUCUUUUUCCCUUCAAAAUCACAUAGCCAAAACACAACACAAGAACCAUAGUUUUUUUCUUUCUCACACUGUUUUGCUGUGGUCAACAAUUUCAUUCAUUAUAUAUAUAUAUAUACACACACAAUUAUAAUAUUCUCCUUCUCCAAGCCGUCCAUACUUGCUUCCAUGGCCCAAGAUUCCAAUUCAAACCUUAGAAUAAUCAUUGAAAGCAAUCCUCCUGAGUCACGCCUAGCUGAAUUGAACAUCAAGUGUUGGCCCAAAUGGGGUUGCUCUCCAGGGAAGUACCAGUUAAAGUUUGAUGCAGAAGAGACAUGCUAUUUGUUGAAAGGGAAAGUGAAGGCAUAUACAAAAGGGUCAUCAGAUUUUGUAGAGUUUGGUGCUGGAGAUCUUGUGACCAUCCCAAAAGGACUCAAUUGCACUUGGGAUGUGUCUAUUGCCGUUGAUAAGUACUACAAAUUUGAGUCAGCAUCUUCUUCUAUUGCUUGAACCAUCAUCAUUAUUAUCUUCUUGGUGAUUUGGAUCACUCAUCAUUGUAUUUUGUGAUUAAAUUAGUUUUAGCACUUUCAUGCAUCAAAUUCUUGUAAUAUUCUUUGAAAUUCUUUCAUUUGGUCUAUUUUUGUGGAGGAUUGAGGGGGUUGGUUUUUCUCGUUGUGUGGUUCUGCUGGGAAUUGGUGGUUUUUGUCAAAAGAAGAACCAACCAGUCAAAUGUAUGUACCGUUCAAACCAAACCUCUUUAAAGUAUUAGAUAUUC